UCUUCCACCAUGCCCGUCUUCUAUUCGCCUGUUCCAGAAAACGUGCGCGUUGGCCUCGCCUACGUGGGGACUUCUGUGCUGACCAACAACAGGACAGCAGACAGCAAAGACCAGGAGGAACAUUCUGUGGUGAACGAGCUGGUGUCCCACCUCCCUCUGCAGAUGUUGCUCUACUUCAACAUGUUUUAUUUCCCCUGCUGGUGGUUCUCCUCUGUCUUCAUGCUGCAGUUAAAGUACGAGUUCCUUCCAGCGUACUAUCAGGGUCUUCUCAUCACCGGGGUGGUCCUCCUGACGCUCAUUGAAGUGCUCAGACUCUACCUGGGCUACGUUGGCAACCUUGAAGAGAAGGUGCCUGAACUGUCGGCCUUCUGGCUCCUGACGUUCCUGUUGCAGCUGCCGGUGAUUCUUUUCUUCCUGACGGACGAGGAGAUCCUCAUCCUGCCUCUGGAGCGGGCCGUGCACGCCCUCUACUUGACCUUCCUGCUGGCCCAGAUCCUGGCCGCCAUGUUGGCGCUCAGGAGGAUGACGCGGAAGCUCACCUUGCUCUUCCACCUGCGCCAGCUGGGUAAAGCCGACGGCUUCGGCCGGCGCUCCACGCCCGUCUACGGCCUGUCGUACCACCGCGGCGUGCUGCCGGUGUCGCCCGCCGGAGCCGCCUCCCACUGAACCGCGCUGCAGAAAAGGCACUUUUUCUUGUUUUAGAAUGAUAGAAAAUACAAAUCAAUCAUUUCUUUCUUUAUUUUGGUUUUUAUUUCAUUUCACUAAUGGCAUUAAUAAUGAAAAAAUAGCUAUCAUUAUUGGAUGACCAUAAUUUCAAAAACUACAGCUGAAUAAACAAAGGAUUUGAUCCAUUUUGUAUAUAUAUAUUUACAAUUUUAAAAUAUAUAUUUAGCAAAUAUACUGUAUGUACAAAUAUAUGAUAAAAUAUAAUAAAAUAAAUGUUUAAAUUAUAGAAUAUAAUAUAUCAAAGAAUAUAUAGUAAAAUUAUUUUUUUUUAAAUGUAUAUUUUUUGUUUUGCCAACUUGACAAUGCUGUCUGUGAGCGUAGAAGAUGGGGUUGUGUUGAAGCUGUGUGACCACUAGAGGGCACUCAUGCACUUCAUGGACUUUCACUCCAAUCGGUGCUUCAUGAGGCACAAUAUCAUGUACAGUAUUUACAAUAUACUGUGUUUAUUCAUCUCACCAUAUUUUUAUGGCGGUGCUUGCAGUGUCCUGAACAGAAAUAUCAUCACAUUUUAAUUUAAUUUAAUUUAAUUUAAUUGCUGUUUUUAUGUGCACACACACACAAAUUAAAAAUAGAUUUUAAAAAAUAGAAAAAAAAGCCACACAAAUAUAUUUUUAAUUGUAGCAUUUUUUAAAAAAACAAAUAAAGAAAGACAAAUACUUUUUUUUUUCCAGAAAAAAUGCAUAUAUUUAUGUUGGGGAAAAAAAUGUAUUUUUGAGAAAAGAAUAAAAAAAAAAACAGCUUUUCAAAAAAUUGUAUAGGAAAUAUUUUACAAAAAACUUGAGAAAGAGAGUCAGUUUUUUAAAAAUAAAAACCUUUGGAGAAAAAAAAGUGUAUUUUAGAAGAAAAAAUGAAUGUUGGAUUUUAUAUUUUUUUACAUUAUCAUUUUUAAAAGUUGGACAUUUCCAUUAAAAAGAAAGUCACAUUUCCAUUGAAAUCAGUUUUUGUUUUUGACACAAAAGUUGCAUAUUUCUUUUUAAAAAUUUUAAAAAGUUGCAUUUUUGAAAAAAUGUUUUACGUUUUCAAAGAAACGUUGUAAAUUUAAA